AUGUCGGUGAACGAAGAUAGUAGCGCAAAGAUAAUUAACAUUCCCGAGAAAUACCAGUUGUGGACGUUGAUGAAGAAGAUGAGAGCAGGGACGCGAGAGGGCAACUCGUCACCUAAAUAUCCUGUAAUCGUGUUCAUCCACGGCGAGAGCUACGAAUGGAAUUCGGGGAAUCCUUAUGAUGGUAGCGUCUUGGCCAGCUAUGGAGGUGUAGUCGUUGUUACUAUCAAUUACCGUCUAGGCAUCUUAGGUUUCCUCAAUGCCAACACGGAUCCGUAUCUGAAAUCCCCAGCGAAUUAUGGGCUCAUGGAUCAGAUUGCAGCCCUACACUGGAUUCAGGAGAAUAUUGCAGUCUUCGGAGGAGACCCCACGAACGUCACCGUUGUUGGACAUGGAACCGGCGCAGCCUGCGUCAAUUUCCUCCUCACUUCGAGCGCAGUGCCUGAAGGUGUCUUAUUUCAUCGAGCAGUUCUCAUGUCAGGAUCUGCACUUUCUCCGUGGGCUUUAGUCCAGGAACCAUCGAGGUACGCGGCUCAAGUCGCCAUCCAUGCCAAUUGCUCUCCAGAAUUACCACAUAUACACCUCUUGAAAUGUCUUCGAGAGAAGCAGCUGGAUGUUUUGAUGUCCACACCGAUCAUAGCUCCAGAAUUCGCGUUCGCCUUUGGACCAAGUGUUGAUGGAGUUGUUAUAGAUACCGGAGAACCAUCAGGCGAUAAUCCGCACUUUGGUGAUUUCGACUCGAACCGACCAAUCAAAGCCGAGCCUCAGAACGCAAUCAAUAUACUAAAUAAUGUUUUGCUACGGAAAUCCGUGGUUUCGAAAUUGUCUCGUUAUGAUUUAAUGCUGGGCGUUGUAAAAGCGGAGGCGUAUUUUGCAUUUAACGGCGAGGACGUUCAGUACGGCAUCGAAGCGGAUCGGAGGUCAAAGAUAUUGAGGACGUUUGUCAGAAACACUUACAGCUAUCACUUAUCGGAAAUCCUCGCAACGAUAGUCAAUGAAUACACGGAUUGGGAACGACCAGUCCAGCAUCCCAUAAAUAUAAGGGAUGAAACGCUGGAGGCGCUCUCCGAUGCCCAGUACGUCGCCCCCGUCGUCCACACCGCAGAUCUUCAUUCAGCGGAGCACAGGAAUUCCUUCCUCUACGUUUUCGAUUACCAAACGAAAUUCGGGGAUUAUCCACAGAGACAAGGAUGUAUACACGGUGAGGAAUUGCCGUACGUCUUCGGGGCCCCCUUGGUCGGGGGCCUCACGCACUUCGGGCGGAACUACACGAAGUCGGAGAUGUUACUUGCAGAAACCACCAUGAUUUAUUGGAGUAAUUUCGCUAGGACUGGGAAUCCUAACGAACCGCAGGAAGCCGAUAUUGCUCACGGCGCUAGACAAGAAAGGAAUCGCUUCAAGAAUAUUGAAUGGACUGCUUAUGAAGCCGUCCACAAGAAAUAUUUAAAUUUAGAUACAAAACCAAAGUUGAAGAAUCACUACCGAGCACAUCGACUGUCGUUCUGGUUAAACUUAGUUCCUGAUCUACACAAACCAGGCGGAGAUGAUGUGCCGCGAUCACAUCACGAACUUCCGGACGACGAACCACAGCCAAAGCUGCCGUCGCUGAAUCCCAGAAAACUUACAACAAUCGAACCUCCGGACCAGAAAUCCACGCAGAUAUCCCUAAAUUCGUCAGCUGUAACUCCGACUAUUGAUUCUACAGAGCGAGUUGAAGAACUCGGCGGAGCCAGUACAACUACCCACCCCGUCGAAGAUGGUUUCGCAGCCUAUUCAACGGCAUUGAGCGUGACGAUAGCAAUAGGAUGUUCGCUGUUGAUCCUCAACGUUCUCAUCUUCGCCGGUGUGUAUUACCAACGCGACAAGACUAGGAUGAACGAGAACGGACAUGGACAGGCAAAGAAGCGCAAUGAAAAUGGUCAGAUGCCGAACAACAUCUGCGGAGAUCUAGAGUCCAGCAUCAUAGGCGUUAAGAGUGAUCCCGCGACGAUCCUGGGCCAUCACCAUUCGCAUCAUCAGCUGCCGCCUCCGGAAUUCGCCGACAUACCACAGAAUAACGCAACACUGCCGCGUCCACCGCCUCCGCCAAAACUGUGUAAAGCCAAUGUUAACACCCUUACGUCCAACCCCAUGCCGGAGAAUCAGCCGCUGCUGUCCACGCACAGCAUACAAUUGAUCAACACUGGUACUUUAACCAAAAAGAACACACAGCUUAACAGCAAACAGAACAUCCCCAUGGAAGAGCUGCGUGUGUGACGCGAACUAAAGUGAUCCAUUGCAAUAAUUUUAUUUACGGGGGAAUGUUGAAGGAGAACAGAUUGGAACGAAUUGAAAUUGAAUUAAUGGAUACAUAAACUGAUUGCUCAAAAAUCACCGGACACUUGAACUUUAGUGAUUUUAUUUUAUUUUUUACUUAGCGACUUCAAGUAAAUGAAGAGAAGAAUCAAGUAUAAUAAACAAUAUAAAUCUUAUCGCCAUUUCCGCAGGGAGGAACGUAUUCAAUUGUCCCCGCGGAUAAUGUAUAAAUCGGUUUCUUUAAAACUACGUGUUUACACUUAUAUUCUGAGGGAUACAUAGAAUUUUCUUGACGCUAUUGCAAUUACCUAAAGUCCCCAAGAGACCAACGUAUAUAAGUAAGAUGUAACGAAUUGCAAUAACGUCAGCUGUAUAAAAACAAAACUGAAUAAUAUUUUUAAACAAGCGCUAAACCUUUAGCAAAUGUUUAAACUAAUUUAAGGUGGAUGCGUCUGUUCUACAUUGCACGGUAAAAAUCGCUUCGUUAUAGGAAUUGGAAUUGUACAUAAACAUAAUCUUUUAACAUGUCUACUUUAUUGUU